GAACACACACACACAGAGUGAGUGAAAUUAAGAAAGAGAUGAGAGAAAGAGAUUAGUUCAGACAGGACGAGGACCGAGAUCAACACAGCUUGGCAGGGUUUUAGUGCUCACCAGACCUGACAAACACUGAGGUCUCACCCCUUCAAGCAAGAUGAAUAAAUGUUCCAUUGCUAGCCCAGCCCGUGCCAAUUGUAGCCAAGUUGUGUGUGGCCAGAUGAAUAAAAAUGUGUGUAAUGCAAAUCAUGUGAGCCUCGUGGCACAGGACUGCAAAAACAGACAAGGACCAGGACAUGCCACAGCAAACAGGCAGGGGCCCACAGAGCGCUCUUCCUCAAGAGUCUCCACCUCCAGCGUAGCACCCCGCUCUCAUCAGCGCCGGUGGUCAGCCGACUUUCACAAGUGUGGGACCUCCCCUGUCAUUAUUGUGAAGAAGAACAAGAAGGAACCACAGCCUCCUCAGCGCGGAGUAUCCCUCCUCCGACUUCACCCAACAUCCCAUUCUUCAGUCAAACGCUACUCCUGCCCCCCCAUUGGGGUCUUUGGCUCACCAGGUCACCCAUCCUCCUCUUCCUCCUCAUCCUCCACUUCUUCCUGCUCCUCUCCUCCUCCAGUCCAGACGUCUGUCAUCACCGGCCAUGACCCUCUAGGCUGGAAGUUGCGUCCCAAGUCCAGCUCCAUGUCCCCCCAGGCUCGCAUUAACAGGCUGUCUCUGCAGAUUUCCCUACCUGUCAUCUUUCCAGACCCCAAAUCCGGUUCUGCUUCUAACUCUCAAUCAGACAACACUCCUAAUCCAGAUCCCUCCCCUAAAACCAAACCCCCCCUCAGACCCAAACCACCCCGUCGUCACCAUUCAGACUCCUCAGCCUUCCUCAGACCUCUGGCGACCCCUCUACCUGCGGUGACACUUGACGAGCUGCGCGGUGUGCACCUACGUCAAGUCUCCCUUUCAGACGAGUCUGACGAUGUCUUCAGCGGGGGGAAUGAAGAGGAGGUGAAGGUCACCACUGAGCCAUGCAAAACACCACCACCUGUUCCAGAAAAAACUUCCAUGGCAAGACAAAUAGCACAACUGAUUGCUCAUUCGCGCAAACACUGUCGUCCUGUUAUAACUAAAGCUAAAGAAAACAUCUACACCAGUGUUAUAAAGCCAAAGCCUAAACUUUUACACUAGAAUGAGGACCACAGCAGUCUGCAUGCAAGAAAAACUGGGCGGCACGUGGAUACCAACUGCGACAGAGAAAGACCCACUCCAUGCUUCCCUGGCUGAGGAGACUGAGAGGAGACCUGAGAUUACUGUAUGUCCUGGAGAUGGGACAUCAUGGUCUAUUUGCCUCAUUUGAGGUGUCUGAGAUCUAAGAUUUCUAUUUGCUAUUAAUAUUUGCAUGUUGUACCUCUCCAAUGUGUGUUACUGUUGAAUGUCUGCUGUAAAUAUUUGGCUAAAUUCUCUCUGUGGUGGAAACUGCGGGAAUUUGUGUCGAAAGAAACACACCCUGCAGAUGUUACAAUUCUUACUGGUUGUUACUAGACACAAUAAAUCACAUUAAUUUCCCUUUAA